CCGAGGGGCGCGGCUCCGUCCCGGCCCCGCCCCCGGCGCGCCCCAGGUGCCGCAGCGAUGGCCCCGGCGCGCCCCAGGCGCUGCACCUGCCCGGGGGUGUUGUCAGUGCCCGCUGGUGCCUCCCCUCCCUGCCCCGGGAACAAGGAAGCGGCUCCAACCGCCUUCAGCCAUCACUCGGCAGCGUAGUUCCCUGCUGGCACCUUCCCCACGCCCUGUGUGCUCAGGUCCCCCAUCUUGCGAGGCGCUGGGAUGCCGGCUUUGGACAUGGCUCGGGGUACGGGAGGGCUGCCCCUGCUGCUGCUGAGCCUUGCCGUGCUGGAUCUCCCGCUGGAGACCAUAGCACUGCUGCCCAACACCAGCUCAAGCACUGCAGCCACCUUCCCUUCCUCUCGUCCUGCAACCUCUACCCCAAAGAUGCCAAUGGAUGCCUUCACAGCCAAUGCUUCCACAGCUCAGCAGAGCAGCCUGGCAGCCUCCAACAUCACCAUGCCACAGGCAAAGGGCAGCACAGCUCACAGCACUCCUGUGUCACCUAGGCUGGGACCCACCACCAGCACCACCCCAGCACAACUGGGACCCACCACCAGCACCACCCCAGCAGGGCUGGGGCUCACCACUACCAACACACCAACUCCAACCUCCAUGGCCAUGACAUCUGACUGUGACAAGACUCCCACUUUCACAUCUGUGGGGACCAGCACGACCCUGGCUGCCAGCUCAUUUGGAGUUGAAAUGAGCAUGCUGCCUCCCCCCACCUCUUCUCUUCUCUCCUCCACCGGGGUGGGCACCACGCUUGGCACCAGCACCCACCAAGGGCCAGCCAUGACCACACUGCUUGGCAGCACAUCCCUGGGGACCAGCACCACCUCUGCUUCCAUCACCAGAGAAGUGACAGACACUUCAGAUGGGCCCUGGAUGGUCCUAUCAGACACCAUGGCCUCCCUUGCUACCACCACAGAUCUCCCUGGGAGCAUCCCUGUCCCCAGCCAGCCAGCUGGGACCACACCUGGGACCAUCCCUGGUACCUCCACCCCAACAGAACCAGAGACCCCCAGUGACACUGCAGAGACCACUGCCAUGGGUGUGACAGCAACUGUGUCUCCACCUCUCCCUACCUCCUCAACACCUGUGGAGAGCUCAACACUGCUGCCUGCCACUGACUCCACCACCACAGCCACCUUCCUUUCCUCCAGCCCUGACACAGAAGCCUCCACCCCAGAGGAGUCCAGCACAUCUGAAGAGACUGGCAACACCUCACCUGCCAGUGUGCCUCCUCCCACCACAGCUACAGAAGAUUCAGUCGAGUCCUUGACAACCCUGGCAGACACCACAGCCAGCCUUGCUAUCAGCACAUCAGACCCCAUGAGCAUCUCCUCUUCAGCUGACCCAGACGAGACCACCCCUGACAUAUUCCCCUCAACCAUGGAGUCCACUCCAGGCACUGAGCUCUCUUCCCCUGCCACCAGCUCAGCCCAGACCUCAGAGGCUACCACCCUCAGCACGCCUACAGACCUGGCAGUGCUGCCGACAGCCUGCCCCUCUGGCUCGUCCAACACCAGUGCCUCUCAGCUCUUUCUGUCACUGAGGUUAACCACCCCUCUGGACCUGGGGAACACCACGGUGCAGGAGCAGGUGUUGACCAAGCUCCGUGAGAACCUGCAGACAGAGUUCCCAUGUGCUGGCCUGUCGCUGGCAUGGCGAGGGAAGAGGAGGACUUGACCACUGCCCCUCGCCUGGACUGCCAAGCCAUCUGCUCCCAGCUCCUCACUCCAUGGUGGUGCAGGCCCCUGGGGAAUCCCAUACAGCUCCUCUUGAGCCUGGGGCUUCCUGUCCUUCACUGUGUACCCCCAGUCCCCUCCUGACCCUUCCCACAGCCUGUCUGAAGAGCCAGAGCCCUCCCACCACCCUGCUCCAGACCUGGUUCCUGUGGUGAGACUCCCUCCAGCCCUAUUGGGGGCUGGGAGAAGAGGACCCCAUGGAACUGGGCUUUUACAUCUGGGACUGAGCUGGCUCAGCCAUCAAAGCCGCCCUGGGGACAGACAAAUGGGAGGAAGGAGACCUGAAGUCCCCAGUGCUGCUGUGCCCAAGGCUCACCUGUAGUAUUGCCGACAGAGGAGAACACCCAUGCAGGGCAGUAAAUAGAAAUUCCAUGAUUUCUGUGUUGAA